AUACCAAUGCCCUUAUAGUUCCGAUGUGGUCUAGCAGUAUAUAGUUUUAUAUACAAUUUACUUUUACACUUAAAUGGCGGCAAUGUUGAGUCGUAGUUUUCCUUUAAAACCCCGAGCACAUCACAAGAUUCGAUUCGUGUUCCAUCGAGUACACAGCUACCAUUUUCACCAAACUCAGGAGUAACUUUUGGCAUCAAUUUUUGGAAGUUCGUUUCUGGCAAGAUCGGCCUCGCCUUCGGAAUUUUGAAUCUCGAUCAAACUUUGUGGAGGUGCUAUAUACACAGUGAAUGCAAUGGGAUGUCCGAAACAAUGGCGAUGAUCUUUACGUGUUAUUGUUAAUUUUGGUUACAGCUAAGACAAACAGGCGGCAAACUAUCUGAAUUAUUAAUUCCGUGUCCGUCUUCCAGCAUGAUUUUAGCGAGUAAAGAGAAGUCGACAAUGUCUACGUCAAUGACGAGAGAGCGAGUACUUUGUCUCAAGGUAUGGAUUCCACUCGGCGUCAUCAUAAUGGUGGUCAUCGAGGUUCUCUUUGGGGUGAUGAUCGUCGCUAAGCUUCCUUUAGGCGUCCAGCUAGGGGGCAGGGUGACCAGAUGGUUGAAGCCCCCUACGCCCACUCUUCCACCUCCUGUCUCGGCAUGCGACAAGAUUAUUCUACGCCCCUUCCAGUCUCUAACCACCGUAGCUCUAGCCAGCUAUCCUCAGUCCGGCAAUGCUUGGACGAGACAUCUAAUCGAGAAAGCCGCGGGGAUCUAUACAGGCACUGUUCAUGAUGCAGAGAAGAAAAACACAAAAGCACUUAAAUAUUUCCCUGGAAAUAAAGUAGAUUACAGGUCAGGACGAGUGAUCUGUGUCAAGACGUACCGAUACGAUCCGAGGCACAUCCGGGAAUUCGAAGCCGCCAUUUUGAUACUACGUCACCCGUUCCAGUCGAUCAUUUCCGAAGCCUACCGACAGCACCUCCUGAAACCGACAAUGACCGAAGGGGAAAGGGAUAUUACAUUGAAGAGCCACAGAUGGCGGACGUUUGUCCAAAAGGAAAGUUUGCGCUGGAGAAACAUCGCCCUCAGGUGGCUCGAGCUUGCCAGGAACACCUACGUCAUACACUAUUCGGAUCUGAUCUCGAGCCCGAAUCAAACUCUCGAAAAAAUGGUCCGGUAUCUCAACGUUCCGGUUCGGUUAGAUAGAAUGGAGUGCGCUCUCUCGCAGUACCCGCCCCUGCUGACGGCGGAGGAGAGAAUUAACAAAUGGCACCAUCAAAGGUUCUACACGACCGAGAGCCCUUAUAGCCAAGAGUUGGAGAGUACAAUUAUGGAGUACAUUGUGGAUGUGAAUAUUAGUCUCAUGAUGAAUAGACAGAAGCCGUUUCCAUGGAACCUCACUAUAGAUUUGUAUUAAACCCGAUCGCAAACAUUCUCGAAAAA